GUGUCGAAAUGCCUCUGGGACAGCAGCACGGGACUCGUGGACUGGGGGCUCUUGUUGUAAGAGGGUCGGUAUUUGUCCGCAUCUCCGUCCCUCCAGCGGGGCUGUCUCCGCUGUCCUCCACGGUCUCUGUAGGAGCAGGCUCGGCUCACCUCGUCGGAAGCAAGCGUGCACGCGGUUCUUCCACACAUCUUUGGGCGAAUGUAGCACUUUUCAGCCGCCUGAGAAAGAGGAGGUGGGGGGGUUAUGUUACGCUAACUAAGUUAACACACGGUUAGCGGUUUAGCUUAAGUUCAUUUCAUGGAGAAAACAGCCACUAAAAUAGCUGCAGUAACCCGCUCGGCUUGGCGAUACCUGCCUCCGUGUGUUCUGAAGGCUAUCGUAAAGUUGAGCUGUGUUAUGUUAUAUUAGCUUGAACGGAGUGCGGGGAUUUGCCCGGGCAGACUGCGAUGUCACGUGACACCGUGCGGCAGCCCCAAGAUGGCGACAGAACACCGAAGAAGAUCAAAUCAAAAAAAUAAUAACAACAAAACAGCGUACCGUAUUCAGUUAUUCCACAAGACUACGAUAUGACGUAACACACACGCACGCACAGACACAUGCACACACACUCACACACAAGUUAUGUCCCGAUAAAGUGGUAUCAUCGGGAGCUGUCUAUCCAGCGGGUGCCAUGGCGACAACAAACCGGUCGAGAGUCAAACUUUGCGAUCGAGUUGGUCGACUUGUGGACCUCAGCAGCGGUUCUUGUCUGAACCACGAAGCAGAACCAAAGAAAAGGUUUGCCUGAAGAAUGAGAGCUGACGUUAGUAUGGAGGCCACCAGGUCCAGACCGUCUGACCAGCUGGGCCACGAGGGCCACCGGGCUACCAACAGAUGCAAAGCACCAUGCCGAGACAGUGGGGAAACAGGAGGUUCGGCAAAGGAUCAGAAGGUCAUAGCGGUGGUCCAGCAAGGCAACCGAGAUGAAGGCAAAAGUCCCCAAACAAGUUCACUUCCUGAGGGCAAAGUUUGCCGCAGUUUUGUCAGCGUACCCGUUCUUAACCCGGUGAGAUUGAGGAAAGCCAAAGCCCUCGCAGAAGAAGUUGUCAAGAUGCAGAAGGUGUUCUCUAUCCAGGGCCCUUACCCUGUCGUCAGGGCAGCAUUGAAGGCCAGAGGCUGGGUCGAGCAGCGCGCGCACCGCCCCGACCACACGGCUCACCAGCGGCACAGCAACAAUCUCGAAAAAGAGCAGGAUCGAGAUGGACUAUAUGAUCUGAUGUGUCGCCUGGUGCAGAAUGAAAUGGUUAAUUUCCAUUGGACAAACCGUAGAGACGCCAUAGACACCAACAGCUUGCAAAAAGAACAGAUUAUCAAUCAUUUUGCAAAAGCAGGCAGCUUCACCACCAAGGUGGGAUUGUGUGUGAACCUGAGGAACCUGCACUGGUUUGAUUCAGCUGACCCGGACACCUUCUUCCCUCGCUGUUACAGACUUGGAGCAAAAGAUGAGAAGCCUGCUUUCAUUGAGGACUACAGGAGGACAGCCUGCACCAGUUUGUUGAAGUACAUUGUGGAGAGGGAGCAAGGUGCUCCGGGAGAGGGAACCAGCCAUGACAUUCCGUCUGUGAGGAAACGAAGCAAACUGCAAUCUAGCCCAGUGGUCCUUUCCCAAAUGAUUAACAGCGCACUCAAAGUAUGCCAUCAGUUUCUAGAGAGCCUGGAGCAUCGUGACAUUGACAUACACUUGGAGACGCCACAAACACUUACAGAGGAGGAGUGGGCCGAGUUUAUCAGCGGCUACAACCUUGUUGUUCAUAAAGGAGCGGAGAUCGAGAACAGUUAUCAUUUUGUGUCCUGCUGCAAAGCCAUGCUUCAGAAGCUGGCGGAGGUCAGUCCACAGCUGGAAAUAGACGGCAUACACAACAUCUGGAUCAUCAAACCCGGUGCAAAGUCCAGGGGCAGAGGUAUCAAAUGUGCCAGGCAUCUGGAUCAGAUCCUCAGCCUGGUGGACGGGGAUCCGACCCUGAGGAAGGAAGGCAAGUGGGUAGUGCAGAAGUACUUGGAGCGUCCUUUGCUGGUCCAUGGCACCAAAUUUGACCUGCGCCAGUGGUUCCUGGUCACCGUCGUGAACCCUCUGACUGUGUGGUUUUAUACAAAGUGCUACUUGCGCUUCUCUACGCAGCCUUACUCUCUAGAUACACUGGACAGCUCUGUCCACCUGUGCAAUAACUCCAUCCAGAAACACCUGACACCCUCCCAACAGCGCCAUCGUGGUAUCCCAGCAGACAACAUGUGGUCGGAUGACCAGUUCAGGACAUUUCUGUCCAGCCAGGGCCGGGAAGCUCAGUGGCAGACAGUGGCAGUCCCCGGGAUGAAGAAGGCCGUGAUCCACGCGUUACAGACAACACAAGAUCUGAUGGAGUCACGCAAAAACACAUUUGAGCUCUACGGUGCCGACUUCAUGUUUGGUCACGACCUCAGUCCAUGGUUGAUAGAAAUCAAUGCCAGUCCCACUAUGGCUCACUCCACCCCAGUGACAGCCCGUCUCUGUACUGCUGUGCAGGAAGACACAUUACGCGUCGUCCUGGACCAGAGGGCAGACCGCAAUGCAAGCACGGGAGACUUUCAGCUCAUAUAUCGGCAGGGAGCAGUAGAUGUGCCACAGUAUGUCGGGGUCAACCUACUUGUUGAGGGCUACAACGUCGGGCGCCACUGCUCACUUCCUCCACUGCACUCCUCCAUCCGUUCAGCACCAAAACGCAGCAUCAAGGAGAAGGAACCUAAAGCAGAAAAAGUAAAGACUCUGCCUAAGAUGCUGUUAAAGAGGGCAGAGACUCGGUUCAAACACAUCAGCAGUGGGGUUCCACCACCGCUUCCUCCUGAGAUGACCCAAUCAGCCCCUGUUGAAACCUUCUCACUUUACCUGCCAAUGACUGUGACAUCCAUCCACCUGCCCAUUAGCACCAAGUCUCCCUCUGUUCUUUUGUGGAAGAGGCCACCAGAGGUAUCAGAGGAGGUCCAACCUUGUACCUCUUUGUCUCUUUCCAAAACAGUCCAGACAAGCAGCACCUUGCGUGUAUAAAGGUUUUUGUUCAUCAUUC